CUCGACAGCAGCAAAUCAUUUGGCAGGCAGCCAUAGACAAACAAGCAAGCAACAGAAGCGGAGCGCCUGUGCCGCAGCUAGAGCGUAGGUGAGUGAAGCACAGGGCGCGAGAACUACCCGCUUCCGUUGUAGGAUCGCUCCUAGCAGCAGCGGCCUUGGGUGUCGCCACCAACUAAAGCCGUCUUUCCUCUUUGCCCCCGCCGCGUGAGCACGGCACGGCAUUCGCGGGUCGCUUUCCUCGAGGCGGCGUCUUCUGCCGCCCCCGCGGCACGGCUCAGCCGCCACCCGACCACCUUCCCGUCUCGUCUCACGCGCGCGUCGUUCCGCCUCUGCUUUUACCCAGAACCCAAAACCCGGAACCUGAAGUCAUUAGUCAACCAUAAACCUCGCCUCCCCUGUCCUGUCUGCUCCCCUUGCCGUUCGCGCCCGUCUCUCUCGCCUCUGUGCCGCGUCCCGCUAUGCCUGCGCUCCCCCCGACACUCGCGGCAGCCGCGCCAGUGGCGUGGGGCGGCGGCAGCCUGGUGGAGGGGCGCGCGGCAUUCAGCGCGGACGGGCAGCGCCUGCUGUGCCCGUGCGGGGCCGUCGUGCGGGUCUUCGCGCUCGCCUCCGCCACCCAGGUGCAAGUGCUGCGCGGCCACACGGCGCUCGUCACGUGCGUGUCCACCUCCGCCGUCGCGCGCUCGCCGCCCGCCGCAAGCGCCGCCGCCGCGCGUGAUGCUGAUGACGCCGAUGAUCCCAUGGGGGAUGGCCCCAGUGCUGUCGUGGCGGCAGACGCUGCCACGUCAUCGUUGGUGUACGCAUGGAGCGGGUCGCUGGAUGGGACGAUGCGGCUGUGGAACUUUGUAACGGGGGCUGCGUUAAGAGUGCUGCAUCUGGGCCGUCCGAUCAGAGACCUGGUGAUGUACCCCUACGCCAGCACGGAGGUGGUGGAGGGGGCGGGCGGGCGGGAGGAGGAGCGGCAGGUGCCGCCGGUGGCGCUGGUGGUGGUGGCCAACGAGCGGCGCGGCUGCGACCUGCUGCAAUACGACGUGUUUGGGGACACAUGCCUCGCCACGCCCUUCCACCAGAUGCUCAUCUCGUCGCCGCUGGCCAUCAGCCCCGCCACGGGGCGGCUGCUGGCGUUCUCGUCGGGGCGCUGUGUUUUCGUGAGCCGCUGCAGCCGCCCCUCGCACCACUCGCGCCUGCUGCUGCAGCACCGCCGCGCCGUCACGUGCGUCGCCAUCCACCCGGACGACCAGCAGGUGGCGGCGGGCGACGUGUUGGGGCGCGUGGUGGUGUGGCACGGCAUUGGCAGGCGCUCGGGGUGGAGGGGAGGGCGAGGGAGGGGGCGAGGAGCGGGGGGGGACGAGGGGCGGGGCGAGGGGGAGAGUGAGGCGUACAGCCGGGUGGCGGGGCAGGAGGAUUGCGAGGCGGUGUCGUCGCUGCACUGGCACGCCUCCGCCGUGGCGGACCUCGCCUUCGCCCCGGACGGCCUGCACCUGGUGUCCAUCGGCGCGGAGGCGGUGGCGCUGGUGUGGCAGGUGGAGAGCGGGGUGCGCCGCUUCCUCCCGCGCAUGGCUGCCGCGCUGCUGCGCCUCGUGCUGCCGCCCUCGCUGCUGCCCGCGCUGCCUCCCCCCGCGCCCCCCACUCCAGGAGCAGAAGCGCCAGGUGCAGCAGCGGAGGCAACAGGGUGCGCGCGGUCGCUGGUGGCGCCAGCAUCUGCCCCGGAGGCGCUGCGGUUCGGCUUCCAGUGCGCGGACAACUGUGUGCGCGUGGUGGACCUCAGCGAGUCCGCCCUCAUCGCCGCCAUCCACGGCAUCGCCCCCCCGCCCCCCGCCCGCCCCCUGCCCGCGCGCCACUUCCUGCUCCCCCCGCCCGACCCCUUCACAACCCCCCUCGCCUCCUCCACAGCCGCCUCCUCCCUCUCCAACUGCCUCCCUGCUGACGUGGCACGCCAGCUGGCAGUUGAGCUGGCAGUGACAGGUGGUGGCGCCCCGUCAGCAGUGGUGCAGGCAAUAAGGGGCGGGUGGGCGCGGCUUCUAGUAAUCGGGCCACUGGGCGUGCUGCAGGUGUACGACGCGCACGCGCAGCAGGCGGUGGGGCAGGUGCGGCUGAUGCGCGUCAACGUGGUGAGCCAGGCUGAGGCGCGGUUCAAGAAGGCGCUCAAGGCGCAGGAGCUGCAGCAGCGAGACAAGGCACUGCACCUGCUGCAGGGCGACGCAGGGAAAGGCCAGCAGCACAAACAGCAGCAGCAGGGGCCGAAGCCCCCCCCCAUCUGGGUGAGCCACGUGUGCUUCUCCCCUGACGGGCGCACCAUGGUCACUGCCGAGAUCCGCCAGCCAGAGGACAUGGCCGGCCAGCAGUCCACCCUCAAGUUCUGGGCCGCCCCCUUUGGCGGCACUCACGGCAGCAGGCAAGGCAGCUCUCGAGGGCGGAAGGGUGGCAGCGCGGCCGUGACGGCGCUGACGACGGCGGUGGACGCCCCUCACGGCUCGGUGGGGCUCAUCACGGGCGUGGACGUGCACCCGGGGGGCGACCUCGUGGCCACAUGCGGCACGGAUGGCGAGUUCCGCACGUGGACGCGUGUGUGGGGCGAGGGCGAGGGGGACGAUGAUGAUGAGGACGAAGAGGGAGGUAGGGGCGGUGGGAAGCCAGGGCGUGGGGGGAUGAGAGGUCAGGGGGGACGAGGGAGAGGGGGUGGAGGGGGCAAGGGGGGCAAGGGGGAGUCACGGGCCAAGACGGCGCGGGAGCGGAUGGAGGAGCGCGAGGCGGCCAUCGCACCGCUCACCUUCUGCUGGCGCUGCCGCGCCGUGGGCAGUUUCGCCCACCAGCCGCUGCUGGCGGCGCGCUUCUCGUGGGACGGGGCGGUGCUGGCCGUGGCGGCCAUGGACCGCGUGGCGCUGUGGCAUCCACAACACAAUUCCCUGCUCGCCACCCUGCAGUGCACGCCCUCGCUGCGCCCCCUGCAAGCCGCGCUGCCCUGGAAGCAGCCCGUCACGGCGCUGGGCUUUGUGGCGCAGACCCCGUUCCUGGUGGCUGUGUCGGGCGCCCUCGCCCCCUCCGGCACGUUCUUCGCCCCCUCCGCGUCGCCCAGCUCCGUCUACUCCGCACUGUCCGUGUGGAGCCUGCUCUCCCUCUCCCUCAUGUGGACCCUCCACCUGCGCACCCUCUCCCUCGCCACCCACCCCUCCGCACCCCGCUUCGCCGUCAUUGUCGCCGGCACACCGGGCGCUGCUGCUGCUGGCGGGGGGGGGGCGGUGCUGGUGUUCGAGGGGGGGGAGAGCCCCGUCCCCGUGGCAGCGUGGGAGAUGAACGAUGUCACGGGUGCCACCGUCGCCUUCAUGCCGCCUGCCUCCUCUCCUGCUGCUAGCAGCAGGGGGGGCGCAAUGCAGUGGUCCAUAGUGGUGGUGAGCGGUGGCAGGGAGUAUGCGGUGCUGAAUGGAGAGGAGAGCACGGCGGCACCAGAUGCAGCGGAUCUGGACGGGGUGCGAUUGAAUGGUGCAGCUGGCCUUGCAGAUGCAGAAGCUAUUUCGGCCUUUGAAAGCAUUUAUGGGGCAGCCACGACAGCAGCGGCUGCAGCAGCAGGGGCCAUGUCGGAGCAACCCGGCAGUGCAGCAGGCGACGAGAGGGAGGAGGGUGUGAUGGAGGCGGUGGGGGGGCGGCCAUGGGGCAACCUGCUAUCGGCCCCAUCGCAUGUGCUGCCGUCGCUCGAGAGGGUGUACCCCCGCUUCAUGCAGGCCAUGCUGGACCAGCUCUCGCUCCACUGAGACCUCCGUCUUCAAUUACCACCAUGUCGUUUCUGAGGGGCUCUCAAAUCGGAAACCAUGCAAAAAUUGUUUUUUUUUCCCUUCAAAACGGGCACUUACUAAAUAACAGCACUUACAUGAUAUGUGAGAUGUUUACUGCUUGGUUAUGAGC